AAGAAAAAAAAUGACACUUCAAUGGGCGGCAGUUGCAACUUUUCUUUACGCUGAAAUAGGACUCAUUUUAAUCUUCUGUCUACCUUUUAUUCCUCCACAGAGAUGGCAGAAGAUUUUUUCGUUUAGUGUCUGGGGUAAAAUUGCAACUUUCUGGAACAAGGCUUUCCUUGCUAUUAUAGUCCUAUUGAUUGUUCUGUUUCUAGAUGCUGUGAGAGAAGUAAGAAAAUAUUCCUCAGCUCAUGCCAUUGAAAGGAGCUCAGCCAGCACACCUGCUGCCUAUGAACAUACACAGAUGAAACUUUUUAGGUCUCAAAGAAAUCUUUACAUUACUGGAUUUUCAUUAUUUUUCUGGCUAGUGUUGAGACGUCUGGUUACCCUUAUUACUCAGCUGGCAAAAGAGCUGUCAAACAAAGGAGUCCUUAAAGUUCAAGCAGAAAAUACUAACCAGGCUGCCAAAAAAUUCAUGGAAGAGAAUGAAAGACUAAAACGGCUCUUGAAAAACCAUGGCAAGGAAGAACAACACAUUUUGGAAGCGGAAAAUAAAAAACUAGCAGAAGAUAAGGAAAAACUGAAAACUGAAUUAAAGAAGGCUUCAGAUGCCCUUUCUAAGGCACAAAAUGACACGACAAUAAUGAAGAUGCAAUCAGAGAGACUUUUGAAAGAAUAUGACCAGCUCCUGAAAGAACAUUCAGAACUUCAGGAUCGUGCAGGGAAAGGCAAUAAGAAAAGCCUGUGAACUUUAUGAAAGAAGACUGUGAUACACCAUGUCAAGAGGAUAAAUUUGUUAUCAUGUUAGCCUCUAGAAAACUUAAAGUUCAGUUCAGAAAAACAUACUGUCUAUGACCAGCCAAUAUUUUUUAGUGCCACACACAUAGGCUAUCAUAAUGGUAUUAUCACAGUAUUUGAUGAUGUUUCAGAUAUAUUGUAAAGUCUGUAUUCCAGCUCUCAAGUGAAAUAUAAGCAUGUUAAACAC